AUGGCAUCAAAACCUCAUAUUUUGCUGUUUGGGGUCGGUAGUGUUGGCGCCAUUCAUUUACUCCAACUGCAACGCGCUGGAUGCACCGUCACAGCCGUGUGUCGGUCCAACUACGACGUCGUCAAGGAAAAGGGAUUUGCUCUGAGAAGCGUCCGAUUCGGCAAUGUCACGUAUCGGCCAGAUCACAUCGUUCGGAGUAUUGCUGAAUGUCCCAAAGACACAGUAUAUGAUUAUGUCCUGGUGACCACAAAGUGCUUCCCCGGCAGUAAGCCGUCAGUAGCAGAUCUGAUCAGACCGGCCAUUAUUGGCCGUCCAGAGACGGCCAUCGUCCUAGCACAGAAUGGCAUAGAAAUUGAGAAGGAGGUUGCAGACGAAUUCCCCGAGAACCCCAUCCUCAGCGGUGUCGUCUACCUCCCAACCACCCAGACCAGUCCCGGCGUCAUCGACUACCCAGAAAUGCUGAACCUGAUUGAACUGGGAACUUAUCCCGCCAAUGCACCUCCUACGCACAAAGCAGCGGCCAGCAAGCUUGUCGACCUUAUGAAUCAAGGCGGUGGUGAGGCCAAACUUCACGACGAUAUCCAAAUCGCGCGGUGGACCAAGCUGCUCAUAAACGCGUCAUGGAAUCCUAUCUGCGCGCUGAGCAUGUGCUCGGACGGUGACUUUCUCCUGUCAUCCGAGCCCUUUGCAUUGGAGCUUGUCUGGGGCAUCAUGAUGGAAAUCGUGGCAUUGGCGAAGAAGCUGGGGAUCCCCCAGGUGGACGAGGAAGCGGCCAGGGUGCGGUUUCAGAUAGCAACACGUCGCGCUAAAGAAGGGACUGGCCGCGAUCCCAGUAUGCUACAGGACGUCAAACAGGGUCGGUUAUUUGAAGUCGAAGCAAUUGUUGGAAACACAGUGAGACUGGCUCGGGAACAUGGCGUGAGCAUGCCCCGGUUGGAAACUGUGUACGCAUUGGCAAAGGGAAGAUAUGAAGCCCUUUCUCGGAAGUAA